AUGACCAGCCGGGAUCGAUCACCAACUCCUGGACUGGUGAUGCCUGAUGUUGCUCCUGAAAAAACUUGGGACUCUGCACUUCGAUUCCUUCUCGCUGGUACGAUGGAUCAGCUCACCCGUCAUCUGCUUGACAAAGAAGUCAAGAGCUUCAUCGACGCGAUCGAGCCACCUUCGGUUUGCAAGCUAGCCUCGUCCUUGCACCCUGAGAAGAAACCGUGCCAGAUCUUCUCAGACCCAAAGAAAGGGAGCUAUAACAUCUGCUUUCCAGUUGUGUUUACAGACUCAGCUGAUGACCUUCCCGAUGUCGAGUCUACCGAGAGUGCUGAGCGAUGGAUGAUCCGAAUCCCCCUGCUCCCACGUCUGGCGUUUCCAGAGGAGAAGAUGCGAGGCGAGAUUGCAACAAUGAAGUACAUCGCUGAGAAAACCACUAUCCCUAUCCCACGUCUUGUCGAAUAUUCCAUCAACCGAGAUAAUAUUCUUGGCCUUCCCUUCAUGGCCGUCGAGUACAUCAAAGGCAAGACUCUCUAUGAAACUGAUGUGCCACGCCUCCCGGAAGAGUUAAAGUCACAUCUGUUUGGCCAGCUUGCCGAUGUCUAUAUUCAACUCUAUCGCCAGCAAUUUGAUCAUGUUGGUGCUCUUACACUUGACAGCAACGAUGAAAACUGGGUGUUUGAGCAUAACCGCCCGCUCACUAUUGAGUUGAAUGACCAGGAACUCUGCGGGAUGAAAAGCUCUGAGAUUAUCCCUGCUCAUCGAACCUACAAUUCCACCAUUGAUUACACCUACGCCAUCUUGAAAUUAGUUUUCAACGACUUUUACCACGGGAAAGAUAGUGUUUUCGAUGAGGAGGAUGCACGUAAUUAUUUGUAUGGCAUAUUUGCAUCCCAGGGCAUUGUGAUGGACUGGGUGGACCAAAGGGAUAACCAUGGACCAUUCAUUCUCAUGCACGGGGAUUUUCGACCACCUAAUAUCUUUGUGGAUGAUGAUCUGAACAUCAUAUCAAUCAUUGAUUGGGAGUGGAGUCACACAGUUCCACCACAAAUGUUUGUUCCGCCCUCUUGGAUCACAGGUCAGGAGCUUCCAGCUGCCACUAAAACACCCUUCAACCUUCCAUUUUCAUUUUAUGUCUUUCAAUUCCAGAUAGCCUCAAGAGAGCGGGAAGAUAAAUGCCAUAACCCAGAUAAAAAGCUGAAAUUCAUUCUGCCUCUGGUCAGACUCUGGAGCCGAUAUCUCCGGUCAGAUACUAUGUUUGUUGCCUAUGCACUUUUAAAACCUUGCUAUUUUGGGAAUGUGUACUGGAAUUUGUUGGACAAAAUGUACUACGGAGAAGACAGCGGCAAGAGAGUGAAAAGCUUCUUUGAACUUAGUCUAAGGAAAAAACAAGAAGAAAAAUUACAGCAAGUGUUAUCUAACCUUGAGGCUUUCAAGAAGGAAUUAGCACUCGCAGGAUUGGAACCGAUCGAACCGCUCAAGCCCCCCACACUUAAUCCAGCCAAAGGAAAAGACCACGAUGCCAUGUCCAAAGCCAGCAAGGGUGUCGCUAUAAUCCAAGUCUGGAACAGAUUCAACCUCAAAGAAAUUGUUGGUAUAUUCCGCCAUUGGCUGCCCUGCUCGCUAGUAGGUGUCAGUGUCUGCGCAUGCUGCAUCAUAGUUAAACGACGACGAUUAAAUGGGAUGCUGCCUACUGGUUUGUUCGCUUCAGUCUUUCGACGACAAUAG